CUUAGAUAUUGGUGGUGAAGCGCCGCUCUCCUUGACAGCAUCCAGGAAAGGUAAUUACCUUUGCCAAAAUGCAAGUGGAAGUUCAAAGCCUCAGCCUUGAAGAGUGUCCCUGGAGACUUCCAGGCCCCCAAUGUGAAUGUGAAGCCCUCCUGCCCAGUGGGGCAAGGCGCCGGAUUGACCUUCGCCUGAGUGGGAGGGCAGUCGCUGUUUGGGUCCACGUUAGGGACGGUCCAGGUCAACUUAACUUGUCAUAUGCCACGGGAAGACAUAAGAAGCCAAACCCACACCAAAACAUGAACCGGGGGAUGGAAUUUAUUGCUCCUGUAUCAGCUCCCACCAAAUCUGGUGCCCCGUGGCAUUUUCUUUCUCAAGGUCCCACGGAUGCCCAGAGAGCAGUCAGAAUCAGGCCAGGCACCAGGAUGGGCUUGUCCUCAGAUCCAGUUGUUGGCACCUUGUCUUCCAGUUACCUAGAUCUGCUAACUCUCUCUUACAAGCCUGGGAGGAGAGUGACAAGUUCAUACCUAAUUGUAUGUGGGCAUGAAGUAAGAAAGCUCCAGAAUUCUGUUGAGGCCACAAGGAUUUCCAGAACUGGCAGCAGUUAAGAAUUUCGCAGACUCGAAGACUCACACCUCUAAAUUUGUGUAGAUUGUGAAAUCUCUUCUUGCAAGAAAAAAGAGAAAUAGCUGAAGUUCUGGAAAUAACAGUUGAUGAAAACUUGGUAAUCUGAAGUCUGAACUUUGAACACCAGCAGACAGGCUGAGAAUUCUCUUUGAUCAUGAGCCCAAGUUCCACGUGUACCUGCAGGAAUCUGUGCGGCAUUUGUGCACUGGUGUGGGGCCCAGGAGAGGACCACGGAGUGACAAGCCACCAGGUUCUAAAGGGAGACGAAGAUCCCCAGAGGACCUGGAUAGAGAUGUUUCCCUGACCAUUGUCUGCUGUGUGCUCCCGAUGAUGAGACUCUAGAGUUUACAACUGAAACACACUGUCAUUUAUGAUAUUAUUUGUAAUAUCUGGUAUGUCUAAGUAAAACAUGCAUUCAGUAAAACUUGCGAUGAAACUUA